AGGAGGGGGGCUAUCUUUUAGGUGCUGGCCAGAGGGCUGGGAACAUGGGAGGAGGCAGCCUACAUUGGGCGGACACAUAAAAACUGCGAGGAGCAUUUGAGGCACGAUCAGUCGAUGAGUAUUUCUGCCUGUGAGUGUGUCUCCCGUCACAGAGCAAGGAAAUAGGAAUCACCGUCCGAAUCCAGUCGCGAUUUACCACGUACCUUUUUUGAGCCGUGCGCCAUGGACUCGCUUUGGUGUUUUCCACAAGAGACGUUACGGAUCUAAUGACCCAACGACUGCGAACAUCUCCGCUGGCUUGAAGCGCGGUACUUCCAGUACGCUGUGCAGUGGGACUUGUGUUGCGUGUGGAGCGCUCGCACUUCUUUUGUCGUAGCCUACUCAUUUCAACCCGAGGAUACUUCUUGUGCCUUUACUGAUGGAAAAGGCUCUCCCUGACGUUUAUAAGCAGCCUUUGAGCAGCACGUAACAGUUCCUCGACAAGCUUGUCCAGCAGUGCGAAGCCCAACAAACAUGGACUGUUUUCCCAUGCUUUAUUUUCUGUCGAGACAUCAUGAUUCCUGGUAAUCGAAUGCUGAUGGUCAUUUUGCUAUGCCACGUCCUGCUGGGGGAGAGAAACCAUGCCAGUCUGAUACCCGAGGAAGGGAAGAGUCACACGCCCGUCGUCGGCCUGCCCACCGUCGCCACCGGUGCCAGCGCCAGCCGCCAGAGUCAUGAGCUGCUCCGCGACUUCGAGAGCACGCUGCUGCACAUGUUCGGCCUGCAGCGACGCCCGCGGCCCAGCCACUCGGCCGUCGUGCCGCAGUACCUGCUGGACCUCUACCGCCUGCAGUCCGGCGAGGCCGAGGAGACGGCGUCACCGCAUGACGCCGCCAUCGAGUACCCCGAGAGGUCGGCCAGCCGCGCCAACACCGUGAGAGGCUUCCACCACGAAGAGCACCUGGAGCAGCUGCAGCUGGAGGGCCCGGGCGUCGGUGGCUCCACCCUGCGCUUCCUCUUCAACCUCAGCAGCAUUCCCGAGGAGGAGCUGCUGUCCACGGCCGAGCUGCGCAUCUACCGCGAGCGCAUCGAGGAGGACGAGGUGGACGGGCCGGUGAGGUCACGCGACGCCAGCGAGGACCAGCACCGCAUCAACGUGUACGAGAUCCUAAAGGCGCCGCGCGGCGGUCAGCUCAUCACGCGCCUGCUGGAUACGCGGCUGGUCCGGCACAACGCCUCGCGCUGGGAGAGCUUCGACGUGAGCCCGGCAGUGCUGCGGUGGACACGUGAGCGCCUGCCCAACCACGGGCUAGCUGUGGAGGUCCGGCACCUGAACGCCACUCCGCGCCACCAGGGCCGGCACGUGCGCGUCAGCCGCUCGCUGCACCAGAAGCCCGGCGAGGACUGGGGACAGCUGCGACCCCUGCUAGUCACCGCCCGCGGCGGCAAGGGGCCACCAGCUGGCGCCCGGCGCCAAAGCAACCCCAAAGCGGCGGUAUAAGCAUAACGGAACUGCCGACGGCAGCGCUUUCACGUGGACUUCAGCGACGUGAACUGGAACGACUGGAUAGUGGCGCCCCCUGGCUACCAGGCGUACUAUUGCCACGGGGACUGCCCCUUCCCCCUGGCCGACCACCUGAACUCCACCAACCACGCCAUUGUGCAGACGCUGGUGAACUCGGUCAACACCAACAUCCCAAAGGCCUGCUGCGUCCCCACCGAGCUCAGCGCCAUCUCCAUGCUCUACCUGGACGAGCACGACAAGGUGGUGCUCAAAAACUACCAGGAGAUGGUGGUCGAGGGCUGCGGCUGCCGCUGACCGCAGAGAUAGCGGACGAGCAACGACAUGUACUGAACCUGCUCUCUCACACACACACACACACACACACACACACACACACACAGUCGGACCCCUUAUUUAUAACGUGUAUGUGACAUGUCUGUUUGUCUCUCUUUCUUCUUGUUUUCUCAACCAUAUGAUCAUAUAUUUUGACAAAAUAUAUAUAUUUAUAUCUACAUAUUAAAAAAAAUAAAAUGAGUCCUUAUUUUAAACACAAAUGAAAAAAAAAAACUUUACAACUUUUCAUAAUGUAUAUUAGAUUGUAUAAGUUUUUUAAUGAGAAAAUAGUUAAAAAUAAGAAAAAAAGAACAAAGUAAAGUUUAUUUACUGGUACUGGUAAUAUUUAUUGCUUUCAUAUUAUACACAUGUACAAGGAAAGAUGAUUACUUUACAUAAACGUCCCUUCAACAUUUCAUCUCAGGCUGAAGAGUCUACGGAAGCAGCAUUUGUGUACUUAAAUUAGAGCACUGCGCAAGGUUAUCAAAAUAUAUCUAUAUAUUUGAAAUCAGUGGAAGUAAUCUGACAUGUAUAUUGUUUUUAAUUCACCUUUUUACAUUGCCCCCCUAGUCCUACUUAGACCUCCUUUGGAAAAUUGGUCAUUGAUGUUUUCAUUUCUAGAAAAUUGUAAGACAAAAGACACAUGAGUUUCAAUGAAAUAUAGGAUCGUGAGGCCCAUAACUGUAUUAGUUAGGCUAUGUGGUUUUGGAGUGAUGUUUUUUUCAAAGCAUAAUCUUGGAAGUGUACACAAAUAAGUGUUGGAAUUCUUGAUAGCACCGGUUAAUAUUUUAUUUUUUGUCCCACUUAAAUAAAAAAAUGUUCAGUUUAACACAACAUCUGCCGUUUUCAGUGUGUCCAGAGCAGUGCAGAGACCCUCCAAAUCACUGUUAUAUUGUUAUGGAAACUCCCCUGUAGAAACCUAUAGCCCUGAACUUUUCCUCAGCCGGCGCCUUGGAAUUAAGACCUUCAGUCGCAGCGCGCCUGGUUUAGAGAGGCUGAUUAAAAGUGACACCUUGGGGGAGGAUGUGACUUUGGCGGCAUGGCGUUACAUUGAAUUGGUCGCAAAUCGUGACACGGCCACUUUGUUCCGGGGAGAAUCAAAGGUUAGACCGUCUGUCUCCAGUCUUUGUCUUCGGCAAAUCAUGUCGGCAGAAUAGAGACGCCGGUCUAGAACCUGUGCCCCACUAGACAAUAGACGUCUGCAUCACCUCUUUACAAUCAGACGGCGGGACUGUGGUCUAGUGAUAACGGCCAGCCAUCCAACAGAGCUGCCUUUGAACACACUUAGGUCUUCUUACAUAUUCUGAUGUCUUGCGAAUAAUUAGGCUAUAGGCCUAUGCUAAUAACAAUAACAACAGUGACAAAUAAAAUACUAGUAAUAGUUUCAGUACAAACAACAAUAGGCUAAUGAUGGAUUGAUGAUAACAGUAAUUU